AACGCGAUUAGCGGGAAGAGAUGCAUGCGCGUGCGUGUAGCCUGCGGGACGGCGAGAGGCGCGUGAAGAUGGUCUGAGUUCGGCAUCCAGCGACCGCUCGCUCGCUCCCGCCGCUUCUGCUUUUAUCCGGAUUUGCUUUCUUUCCUUUUCCCCCCAUUUUUUCCCCUUUGGGAAAAAAAAUGAUUUAUUUACCUUCUUCCACAUUCCACACAUGCUUGUUUUUAUUUUUUCUUUAAAUGCGUUUUCCUUUUUUUCCUUUCCGCCCCCACCCGGUUUGGUUUUCAUUUCAAUGACACGCAGGAGUGCGUCUUUUUGCCUCUUGGUGUUGUUUCCGAGUUUUCUUUCCCCUUCUUCGGUUUCCCGCUCGAAGCGCGUGGCGCAGAGCCGUUGUUGCCCGUGAACGGCUCGGACUCGGACCCGGACUCGGACCCGGACUCGGACUGGGACUCAGACUCCGAGUCGCAAGCCACGCAGGAUAAAUCCGGGACUACAGAGGACCGGAUCGCGGAAGCGCACGACGCUCGUGCCCGGCGCGCGAGAGCGCGAAGAUUGCACACGCGGUGUCACCAAGUACCGGACCGAAUCUCACCUUGCCGCCGGUCUAGAGAGGUGGCAACAAACAAACAAACACAAACAACAGUGGACAAAGUGCGCGGAGUGCGAAGAGGAAGCAUAGCUUGGGGAUUGAACGGAGCGGGGCAUGUGGAUAUUUGCAUUUCUCUUUCUCCAGAGCAUCUCAAAUGUUUUUGGUGAAGAUCUACAUUCCAGCUUAUAUUUUGUCAAUGCAUCUCUGCAAGAGGUAGUGUUCUCCAGCACUACAGGGGCACUGGUGCCGUGUCCGGCAGCGGCCGUGCCCCCCGCUACGCUGCGCUGGUACCUGGCCACUGGGGAGGAGAUCUACGAUGUGCCAGGCAUCCGACACGUGCACCCGAAUGGCACACUGCAAAUCUACGGCUUCCUCCCCUCCAGCUUUAGUAACCUAAUCAAUGACAACACCUACUAUUGCACAGCAGAGAAUCCGUCAGGGAAGAUCAGGAGCCAAGACUUGCACAUCAAGGCUGUAUUUCGGGAACCCUACACGGUCCGUGUGGCGGACCAAAGAGUCAUGAGAGGCAAUACAGCGGUCUUCAAGUGCAUUAUCCCAGCCUCGGUAGAGGAGUACGUCACUGUUGUAUCAUGGGAGAAAGACACUGUCUCACUUGUCUCAGGAUCAAGAUUUCUCAUUACAUCCACAGGGGCCUUGUAUAUUCUGGACGUGCAGUCAGAGGAUGCGGUGAACAUCUACCGCUGCACCACACGGCAUCGAUACACAGGAGAGACUAGACAAAGUAACAGUGCCCGAUUACUCUUAUCAGAACCUGUGGAUUCAGCUCCAGUGAUUCUGGAUGGCUUUGAGAGGAAAGAGGUCAUGGUCGGUCAUCGGGUGGAACUGCCCUGCAAGGCGUCUGGUCACCCUCCACCUCGCUACCGCUGGCUAAAGGACAACAGCCCUCUGGAGUCAGACAGUCGCUACCACCAGAGUGUCUCAGGCCUUCUGAUUGAGGCCACUCGACCCAGUGAUGGAGGCAACUAUGUGUGUGAAGUCUGGAACAGCUUUGGCAAUGCCAAGGUGGUGGGACGGUUGGUGGUCAAACAGCCCCUGAAAGCAGUGGUGAGUCCUCGUAAGGUGAGAGGCAGUGUGGGCAGUCAGGUGUCUCUGUUCUGCAGUGUCACUGGCUCUGACGAAUAUGAAAUCACCUGGUACAGAAAUGGAGAGAGAAUCCAGCCAGGGCCAAAUGUCCGCAUCACUGGCCUCAACCAUGAGAACCUGGUGAUGGAGGGCAUGGCCAAAAGCGAUGGAGGAGCCUACCAGUGUUUUGCACGCAAUGGAAAGAUGUCCACCCAGGAUUUUGUGCAGGUCAUUCUGGAGGACGGCACCCCAAAGAUCCUGUCGGCCUUCAGCGAGAAAGUGGUGAGCCCUAACGAGCCAAUCUCCCUGGUGUGUCACGUCAAAGGCACCCCACUCCCCACCGUGACAUGGACACUGGAUGACGAGCCGGUCAUCAAGGACAGCCACCACCGCAUGGAUCGCUUUGUUACGGUUGAGGGCCAUGUCCUCAGCUACCUGAAUGUCUCACACACGCAGGUCACCGACGGCGGUGUCUACCGUUGCACCUGCAACAACUCUGCCGGAUCGGUCUCCUACCAGGCGCGAAUAAACGUAAGAGGUCCUGCCAGUAUCCGCCCAAUGAAAAACCUCACUGCCAUCGCGGGGCGAGACAUGUUCAUUCACUGCCGCAUCAUUGGCUACCCCUACUACUCCAUCAAGUGGUACAAAGAUUCCAACUUGCUUCCGUUUAACCAUCGCCAGCGUGCCUUUGAGAACAAUGGCACAUUGAAGCUGUCUAAUGUGCAGAACUCGGAUGCGGGCGAGUACACCUGUUACGUCCUGGUGGAUCCUGAGAAACAGAUCCAUAGGAGCGUCCAUGUUACUGUAAAAGUUCCACCCCUGAUCCAGCACUCAGACUCCCAAAGCGCCUCGAUAGGUCAGAGAGUCUUCAUCCCCUGCGUGGUGACCUCUGGCGACCUCCCCAUGUCCAUUACCUGGCACAAAGAUGGCAAGCCGAUCAACGCCAGCUUAGGAGUCACUAUCGACAAUAUUGAUUUCACCAGCUCACUCCGCAUCUCCAACCUGUCUGAGAUCCACAACGGGAGCUACACCUGUAUCGCCCGCAACGAGGCAGCUGCGGUGGAGCACAGCAUUCAGCUCAUUGUUAAAGUCCCACCACAUUUUGAGGUGCAACCUCGGGAUCAAGACGGAAUCUAUGGGAAAUCUGUUAUUCUGAACUGCUCGGCUAAAGGAAACCCGAUUCCUACAAUUGUGUGGAAACAUUCUAAAGGUGCGGGAGUUCCUCAGUUCCAGCCCAUCGCGCUGAACUCAGGAUCUCGUGUGCAGUUGUUAGAGAGAGGCUCACUGCUCAUCAAGCACGUGCUGGAGGAAGACAGCGGCUACUACCUGUGCAAGGUCAGCAACGACGUGGGCGCUGACAUCAGCAAGAGCAUGUACCUCACCGUCAAAAUCCCUGCCAUGAUCACAUCCUAUCCUAACACCACUCGAGCAGAACAAGGUCACAUGACCGAGAUGAGUUGCACAGCGCAUGGUGAGAAGCCCAUCAAGGUGCGCUGGGAGAAAGAAUCCCACAUCAUCAACCCCGAUAUCAACCGCUUCGUGGUGAGCGUCAAGGAAGUGGCUGAUGAGGUCAUUUCCACCUUACAGAUCUUGCACACAGUCCGAGAGGAUUCGGGGUUUUAUUCCUGCAUUGCCAUUAACUCUUACGGUGAAGACAAAGGGAUUAUUCAACUUAUUGUGCAAGAUCGUCCAGACCCUCCCGAAGUAGAAAUCAGAGAGGUGAAAGAUCGAACCAUUGCGCUUCGCUGGACGAUGGGAUUUGAUGGCAACAGUCCGAUCACAGGAUAUGACAUCAACUACAAGAACAAAUCAGCCUCCUGGGCAUUGUCCCAAACCACCAAAGACGUCUCACCCCAGCUGAACCAGGCCACCAUCAUCGAGUUGCAUCCUGCUUCCACGUAUAACAUCCGCAUGUUUGCUAAGAACCAGAUUGGAGAGAGCCGGCCCAGUAACGAGCUCACCAUCACUACAGAUGAAGCACCUCCGGACGGUGCUCCCCAGGAUGUGCAGCUUGAAGCGAUAUCAUCCCAGAGCAUUAAAGUCACAUGGAAGGCUCCCCACAAACACCUUCAGAACGGUUUGAUCCGCAGCUAUCAGGUGUGCUAUAGGGAAUAUGGCACAGGAGGAAGCCCCCAGUACAACACCAUCAAUCUGGACACAACAGGUGACAUGGAGACCAUCACGCUGGACAACCUGAAGAAGUACACGCAGUAUGAGGUGCGGGUGCAGGCUGCUAAUCGUGCAGGAAUGGGGCCUACGUCUGAGGAAGCCAUCAUCACCACACUGGAAGACGUUCCAAGCCGACCGCCUGAAAACGUUGUGACCACAGCUACAACCCCUGAGACCAUCUCUCUAUCUUGGGCUCCUCUCCCAAAAGAGGCACUGAAUGGCAUGCUUCUUGGCUACCGAGUCAUUUACUGGGCCAAUUUACUGGACGGAGAGCUGGGUGAGAUCAAGAACAUCACUACCACAAAGCCGUCUCUUGAGCUUGAAGGCUUGGAGAAAUACACCAACUACAGCAUCCAAGUGCUGGCCUUCACCCGGGCUGGGGACGGAGUUCGCAGCGAGCAAAUAUACACAAGGACCAAAGAGGAUGUUCCAGGUCCUCCAGCUGGAGUGAAGGCUGCCGCUGCGUCUGCCUCAGUGGUGUUCGUCUCCUGGCUUCCUCCCCUGAAGCUUAACGGAAUCAUCCGGAAGUACACAGUCUUCUGCUCCAACCCUUAUCCCACGGUAAUCAGUGAGUUUGAGGCUGCGCCCGACGUGUAUUUUCGGCGUGUGACUAACCUGAACCAGAACUGGCAGUAUAGUAUUUGGGUGGUGGCAGUGACUGCAGCCGGUCGAGGGAACGCCAGUGAGAUCAUCACCGUGGAGCCGCAAGCUAAAGCUCCGGCUCGUAUUCUAACAUUCAGCGGCACAGUGACCACACCAUGGAUGAGGGACAUCGUCCUACCCUGCAGAGCUGUCGGAGACCCUCCUCCGACCAUCAAGUGGCUGAAGGGAAACAACGGGACACCCGCUCCUGUCUCUAUCGAUGGCCGGCGCAGUGUCCAUGGCAACGGCAGCUUUGUGAUCCGAACAGUGAAAGCCGAGGAUUCUGGGUACUACAGCUGCAUUGUGAGCAACAACUGGGGUUCAGAUGAAAUCACACUAAAUCUACAGGUUCAAGUACCACCGGACCAGCCACGUCUCACUGUAACUAAAACCACCACCACAUCCAUCACCCUGUCCUGGAUUCCUGGAGAUAACGGAGGAAGCUCGAUCAGAGGCUACAUUCUGCAGUACUCAGAGGAUAACAGUGAGGAAUGGGGCAGCUUCCCCAUCAGCCCCAGCGAACGAUCCUACCGGCUAGAGAAUAUGAAGUGUGGCACCUGGUACAAGUUUACUCUGACCGCACAGAAUGCCGUUGGCCCGGGCCGCAUCAGUGAAAUCAUCGAGGCCAAAACCCAUGGCAAAGAACCACAAUUUGCCAAAGACCAUGAGCUUUUCUCCAGCAUCAAUUCAACACGUGUGGAGCUCAAUCUGAUUGGCUGGAAUAACGGCGGAUGUCCGAUCAGCUCGUUCACGCUGGAGUACCGGCCAGUGGACACAACGCCAUGGACCACAAUGCAGCGCACCUCUUUACCCAAGAGCCAUGUGCUGUAUGACCUGCAGGAGGGCACGUGGUACGAGCUGCAGAUGAAGGUGGGCAACAGUGCAGGUACAGCUGAGAAGAGGGUGCUGUUCGCAACGCUGAACAUGGAUGGCAGUACUAUAGCUCCACUGCUGAAGAUUGUGGACCCCAGUCAGGAGAACCGGCAAGGCACUGAGGGCCUGAAGAUGAUGGUGACCAUUAUCUGCAUCCUGGUGGCCAUUGCUACAGUUUUCAUCGUGCUGCUUGUUAUGAGGAGGAGGAGGAGGGAACAGAGGCUUAAGAGAUUACGGGAUGCAAAAAGCUUGGCUGAAAUGCUUAUGAGUAAGAACACUCGAACUCCAGAUGCUGUAAACAAGCAACAGCAAACCCUCCGAAUGCACAUUGAUAUCCCACGAGCCCAGCUGCUCAUCGAGGAGAGAGACACAAUGGAGACGAUAGAUGACCGAUCUACAGUGCUGUUGACUGAUAACGAUUUUGGAGAGACGUCUAAGCAGAAGUCCUCCACGGUCACACACACGGUUCACUACCAGUCACUAUCCCAGACAACUGGCCCACUGGUGGACGUCUCAGACGCUCGACCCGGUACAAAUCCCACUGCCCGACGCACAGCUAAAGCGGGUCCUGCGACACGGAGCCGUUAUGCCAGCCAAUGGACGUUAAACAGACCUCAUCAGCCCAUGUCCUCACACACACUCACUACAGAUUGGAGGCUGCCCACCCCACGUGCCACAGGCUCAGUGGACAAGGAAAGUGACAGCUACAGUGUCAGUCCCUCUCAGGACACAGACCGUGCUCGAAGCAGUAUGGUGUCCACGGAGAGUGCUUCCUCUACAUACGAGGAGCUCGCCCGAGCGUACGAGCAUGCCAAGAUGGAAGAGCAGCUGCGCCACGCCAAGUUCACCAUCACAGAGUGCUUCAUCUCUGACACAUCCUCUGAGCAGAUGACAGCCGGCACCAACGACUACACAGACAGUAUGACAUCCAGCACACCCUCUGAGUCGGGCAUCUGCCGCUUCACCGCCUCUCCACCAAAACCACAGGAUGCCAGCCGGGUCAUGAACAUGGCCGUGCCCAAAGCACACAGACCUGGGGGUGAACUGGUCCACCUGCCUCCGUACCUGCGCAUGGACUUCCUGCUGAACCGUGGAGCGGCUCAUUCAGGCCGGGAAGCCACGGGUCAGACGUGUCUGGAGCCACAGAGGAGUCGCACAGCAAAGUGGCCAGCCGUGUUAGCCCCAACACCCUCCGAGACACCUUCCACUGCACCUGCCUCCUCCGGCCCACCCAGCAGGGAAGCGGUGCAGCAGUGGCAGCCAGGCUCGGCCUCCACGCUGCCCCACCGCGAGCCAGGGGACCUCGCCCAGGCUGCCAAACUCAGCAGCUCCCAGGAAUCACUGUUAGACUCUAGAGGACACCUGAAACAGAGCAACAACCCAUACGCAAAGUCCUAUACACUGGUAUAACACAGGACUAUAAAACCAUGGACCACUGGGCACAGCACUACACACACACACAUUUACACACAUGCAUACACACACACACACACACACACACACACACACAUCGACACACACAAGCACACAAACAUAAAAAAAGCUCUGCUGCAAAGAAGAGCACUUUUCAGAGACAUAGACGAGCCCUGUAUAUACAUAUUUCAGAAAUUCUAAAAAGGCAAAAUUGAUGUUCUUUGCAUCUGUUUUUUCUUUUCAUUACGUAUCACUCCCCUGAUACAUUCUUUCUUUCUUUCUUCCUUCCUUUCUUCCUUUUUUUCUUUUUGCACUCAGCCUUUUUCCUCAGCUUCUUUUCUUUCUCAUCUUUUUUCUUUAGCUUGCAUUUUGGAAUCUUUAUCAUUAUUUUAAAAAACAAACAAACAAAAAAAAAAUAAUAACACCGUUAUGAAGAUUGCCAAAAUUAUUUAUUUAAAUUGACAGAGGUACUACUUUUGAAUUUAUAUCAAGGAUAAUUCUAUAGUCAUUAUUAUUAUUAUUAUUAUUAUUAUUAUUAUUAUAUAAAAUAGAUGAAAAAUAUCAAAAAAUAAAAAAGAAGGGUGGAAGGAAAGGUGCGGAACACUGACUGGAGGAAAAAAAAAAGUGUUCCUUUCUUUAUCCAUUAAUUUUGUUCUUUAUUUUAUUUUUAUUUUUUUUUUAAAUGUUGGGAUGUGAUCAAUGGAUGAUUAGCUUUUUACCAUGGCAUCAUGUUCAAAGAUUCCAAGAGGAAACCGAGCGAAUACAGCGACAGCUCUGAGGACGGAGGACUCGUCCGAGCUUUUCCGAGGACUGCAUGGGGACCUGAAACGUUGCGUAAAAGUGUCGGCUCAAAAAGAAAAAAAAAAAGAAAAGAAAAAAAAAUUCCAAAAGACAUUUUUAUUUGUCAUACUAAGGAAUUCUAUAAUAAUGUUCAUAUAAAUAUAAAGAGAUCACUUUUAUUUGUGGAUAAUCCAGGGAAAAUGGUUUGGUAAAUAAAGUCCUUAGUCAUGUUUGCACACAUCUGGUUUGAUUAGGCAAUCAAAAUUGGGUUCGCUUGUCGUUUUUUAUUCUCUCUCUCUCUCUCUCUCUCUCUCUCUCUCUCUCUCUCUCCUCACUCUGGUAUGAAUUCAGCCUGCAACACCAGCAGAGCGGGAAAAGGUGAAAAUGUUUCCUUAUGAAUCCUGACUCUGUGUUAGAAGUAGGGGUGUAAUGAUACACAAAAUUCUAAUUUGAUAUUACGUGAUGAGACACAGUGAUGUCUCAGUAAGCUGGAUUUCCUGAAGAUGUGCCUUUAAUUGACUAAAAACUCUAUAUUCUAAAAGAACAAGAAUGGAAGCGGUGUUUGUGAGAUCCAGUCACGGCAUUAAAACGGCUGUGGAUUUAGAAUAGAAGAGAAUUAACCAUGGCUAAUUAAACAUCAGCUCUCUGGCCAAGCGUCACUUGUCUUUCACUGGUGUGACUUUAAUGAGGCGUGUUGAAACACGGGGCUGUGUAUUUAUUUAUUUAUUUAUUUAUUUAUUUAUUAUUCCUGUCAAAUUUAGUUGCCUGUAGCCCUAGACAUGAUUCCUGCAUUCUUCUGCUAUAAAUUUCCCGAUGCCUGCGGUGAUUCCCUGAAUCAGUGAGGAAACAGUGAGGCUGUUUGUGUGUUUCGAGGCCUAACAACUGACUAAGAUGUGUUUGUGGUAUUAGGAAUGAUGUCACCUCUUUUUUCAUGACUUGAUCAUCAGUAUCAUAACUGAAAAUGCUCCCAUGCACCAGACCUUAAAGAUGGGAAGGAAUUAAACAAGCUAGUUUGAUUACAGUAUGAUUAUUAGUACAGUACAGUAUGAUUAUUAGAGUAUUAGCUCAUUUUUUGUUGUUGUUUUUUGUUCUUUUUUUUAUCUUCAGAUAUCAGCUUAAAUUGGGGAAAUUGCAUGAGCAAGAUUCUUCUCUUAAACUCCUACCAGUAAAGACACACGCUAUAUUGCCAAAAGUUUUGGGACACCCCUCCAAAUCAUUGUAUUCAGGGUUUGGGCUCGGCCCCUUAGUUCCAGUGAAAGGAAUUCUUAAUGCUUCAGCUUCAUACCAAGACAUUUUCUAUAAUUUCAUGCUCCCAACUUUGUGGGAACAGUUUGGGGAUGACCCCUUCCUGGUCCAACAUGACUGCACACCAGUGCACAAAGCAAGGUCCAUAAAAACAUGGAUGAGCGAGUUUGGUGUGGAGGAACUUCAGAGUCCUGACUUCAACCUGAUAGAACACCUUUGGGAUGAAUUAUAGCGGAGACUGCAAGCCAGACCUUCUUGUCCAACAUCAGUGCCUGACCUUACAAAUGUCCCAGAUAGCAAAAUAGGUCUGGCCCAGAUCUGGCCCACACAAUGCACUUACACUCGGCCCACAUACCACAAAGAAUGACAGACGUGGGCCAGCACUGGGCCACACCACAUACACCAAACCAUAACUGGGCCACAUCUGGCAUGCCAUCAUAUAAACAGUGCUAUCACUGCCAGACCCGGUCCACAUCUGGUUGACAUACCACUUGCCAUGCCAGAACUCAGCCAGCAGUGCCGGCUCAAUGCCAGAUCUGGCCCAGGCCCGUCUGCUAUGUGGGGUGCUUCUAGUGGAAUGGUCACACACUCCUAAACCUUGUGGAAAGCCUUCUCAGAAAAGUCAUAGCUGCAAAGGGUGGGCCAACUCCAUAUUACGUUCAUGUGCAUGUAAAUGCUGACGUCCCAGUUUUGGCCCAGAUCUAAUUCAUCCCAGAGGUGUUCUAUCGGGUUGCGGUCAGGACUCAGGCCAGUCAAGUUCCUCCACACCAAACUCCCUCAUCCAUGUCUUUAUGGACUUUACAUAAAAUCAUAAAAUCCUGGAGGGACCGAUCCAUGUAGCCUGUCCUGAUAUGAAAAGGGAGUUGAUUAAAAUGAAAAGUUUAUUUCACAUCACAUAAUAUAAAUGGUAUUUCAUGAUAAAAAAAAACCUUCUUUAUUAAAUAGUUUGCUGAAGGUAUCGUUCGCCAUCCAGACAUGUCAAAUCAAGAGGCUCGUAUUAAAUGAUACGAUAUCAUACGCCGUAUCAUUACACCCCUAAUGUCAAGGGUUCAAAUAUUAAAUAAGGGGGAACAUAUUUUGAAUCGAGCAAUAUGAAAUCAAUUGAUUUACUAAACAUUUCUUACUUCCUGAACAUCUUGAAGUACUAACCGAUAUGAAUGUACUGAGUAAUGCAACAUGAAAAAUAAAUAAGAAUAACAUGAUUGAUAAUAAAGGGAACAAAUUAUAUAGUGUCCAAAUAA